CCACAGCCGACCUAUGAGGCUGAAGAUACCAAUAUGGCGGAGGCUUCCUUCGGGAGUUCAAGCCCUGUUGGAUCUUUGUCCUCAGAGGAUCACGACUUUGAUCCAACUGCUGAGAUGUUGAUUCAUGAGUAUGAUGAUGAAAGAACUUUAGAGGAGGAAGAACUUCAGGAUAGAGAGAAGAAUUUCCGUGCAGAAUUGGCAGACUUGGAGAGGGAAGGGAACAUGCCAAUCGAGGAGUUGUUGGCUAUGUAUCGUUACGACGAAUCAGUCAGUACAGGUACGGGAUCUAGCAUGGACAGUUCUUCUGUUGAACUAGCAGAUGAUCUGCCUGACAUGACUCUCGAUAAGGAGGAGAUUGCAAAAGAUCUCUUGUCGGGAGAUUAUGAAGAGGAGACACAGUCCUCUGCUGAUGACCUGACUCCUUCUGUUACCUCCCAUGAGGCAACAGACUUCUUCCCUAGAACACUCAGAUCCAACGUGACUUAUGAUGGUGAUAAAGAAUCUGAGGGGGAGGAAGAUGGUGUGAGCAGUGAAGAUUCCAGAAAGGAAAUAAUGGUGGGGUCCCAGUAUCAAGCAGAAAUUCCCAUGGGCCUCAGCCACUACAACGAUGAUGAAAAGGUGUAUGAGGAGGAAGACCUGUUGCUGUGGAGUCCUGGAGCAUUGUCAGAGUGUAAAGUGACAGACUACCUCAGAGAGGCACUGUCACAGUCUACAGACGGAAGCACUGGAGAUUCCGCAUCUGAACACAUACACGAUAACGAGCAGGCCUUGUUUGAGCUUUUGAAGUGUAAUUAUGACACCCGUGAGGCACUGACGCGAUAUUGCUAUAAUGUGAAAACAUCGAAAGAAGAGUCACCGCCAUGGUCAGAGGAUGAAUGCAGGAACUUUGAACAUGCACUGCAGAUUUAUGAGAAGAACUUCCAUCUUAUUCAGAAACACAAGGUUCAAACACGGACUGUAGCAGAAUGUGUGGCUUUUUAUUAUAUGUGGAAAAAGUCUGAACGGUUUGACUUCUUUGCUCAACAGAACCGAUUUGGCAAGAAGAAGUACAGUAGUUAUCCGGGUGUGACAGACUUGAUGGACAGGCUGGUGGAUGAGGCGGAGGGUCUGGCUGUGGACAGCUCAUCCUCAGUGUGUUCAGGUGGAGCAGGGGGAAGGAUGGAGGCAUCAGCAGAGCAACAACUCGGACUGCUCAACUCCAUUACUGCCAGUGACCUUACAGCUCUUAGUAACAGCGUAGCAACCGUGUGCAAUGGUCCAGGAGACGUGAGCUGUUUAGACUCCCCUUACUUCCCCCCUUUGGAGAGUUUACACAGAGGAGCCCUGAACCACGACAAGCAGCUCAGUUUUGCGACAAAAGGAGACAACGGCUGCCUCAACAUGCUGGAUUCCAGAUUCUACCGCUCGGACCUGGGCCAGAUCAGCAUGUGUAGCACCAAAGACUGCGAACGGCCGUCCAAGAGGCUUAAAAUGGGCCUUUCGGAGUCCUUCAUUAAUGACGUACCUGUUUCUAAUCUGGCUGUAGACUUCGAGGGCAGACGUACGCACCGCAUCACAGGCGCCACCAUGGCGGUGUCGGUCACGGACUUCAGCAGCAUAGGGUGCGGUGAAGCCAACGGUUUCAUCAGCUCACAUUCACGACACCACCAACACACCGCACUUCAGUCUGAUUGACUUCCUUUUGCCACCCAGACCCAGAUUCAUCCACUCACUGACUAUUUUUUUAUUUUUUUAUAUAUAUAUAUAUAUACACACACACACACACACGUUUUGGUCAAGUUUUUUUUUUAUUUUUUUAUAUGACAUCAGUGAUGCCUUUAUUGUACAGAACUAAGAAAUCUUGAUUUCUCAAGAGUAUAAAUAGCCAUUUAUUUUUUCUGGUCCUUCAGAUAUUUAAUUAUACUUUUUGUCUACGGUGAUAUACAGUUAAACCUAAAUGCUGGAGCAGAGAGCCGUGGUCUCUUACUGUACUCAUCCCAAUGCCUGCAUCUUAGUCUCUGCCGCCAGAAACUGCAUUUUUUUGUUGUUGUCAUUUUUGUAGUAUUUUUCAUGUAUGUGUGUUCGUUUCUAAAUUGGUACUUUUUCAGUGUUUACACAACCCAGGAUAGACUGAAGCCUUGGGAAAUGUAGCAUUUUGUAUACCACAAAACUGCCUUUUUGUAAUUGAAAAUAGUGACUUCUUUAGAAGAAAGACUACAUGUUGAAACAAAGAGCACUUCUAGUCACCAAGACGUUUCCACGUUUUCCACUAUUGUUGUUACUUGUUGCCCAUAUAAGGCAUGCUUUCCCACAUUUUUUUAGGAAUCCUUGAGGUAUCCAUGUUUUGUAUGAAAAAGAUUUGCAUCUUGUUAAUUGAUGUAGCAGUUCAAGUUUCAAGCUUUAUAAUUCCCAAUUUAUUGUGGUAAUCCACGCAUGUAAACGAUCAUUUUAAUGAUCAGGGAGAAGAAACAAGAAGAAAGGUGGUUUUUUAUUUUACUUUCUGUCUCGAGAAUUUGCUUUAACACUUUACAGUAAGGUUCCAUUUGUUAACAAUUGUUAACAUUAGUUAACAUGAACUAACAAUGAACAAUACUUUAAAAUAAUUUAUUAAUCUUGGUUAAUGUUAAUUUUUAACAUAUAGUAAUACAUUUUUAAAAUCAAAAGUUGUAUAUGAAGUUCUAUGAAUGAACAUUAACAAUGAGCUGAAUUGUUUUUUAUUAACUAACAUUAACAAAGAUUAAUUAAUGAAUGUAAAAAAAUAUAUUGUUCAUUGUUAGUUCAUGAUACCUAAUGCAUUAACUAAUGUUAAUGUAAAGUGUUACCAUUUGCUUUUCACAAGUGACAAAACGGACUAUGAUGCCAGUGAACAAAGAUUUUAUUUUUCUCAGCUGAGCAUUGUUUGAAGCCGGGGACUGAAAAAUCUUGUACUAGGGGGCUCUAUAACUUGAAUACUAUUUUUGCAACUGCGAUCAAAGCAGUUGAAAUUUGACACCAAAACAAAUUUAUCCACAGCAUCAACAGGAUCUUUUGGUCAUGCUCACCAGGACAGUCUGAUGACACAUGACAAUCGUCAGCAAUUACUGUUGUCAGCAACGCUUUAAAAUGAUCAAGUAAUUCAACAGGAAAGUCUUCUGUAGAUUAAUUUUUUUGUGCCAGAUUUGACUUUCUAAUAGGUUUUAUGACCUGCAAGGAAAUUUUAUGAGAUGGGCACUAUGGGGCAGUCACCUGCACUUGACAGCAUUAGCAUAAAUUAAUGUUUAAACUGUACAUAUAUUAAGCUGUGAGACUUGCACUGAGCAUUUAGAAUUCCCUUGGAGGAUGUAAAUCUGUUUAAAUGCUACUCAUUAUCUUCACAUGUCAUUGGAAGUCAUCAAUAACUGUCAACAUUUGCUGGUACUCUAAACGGCAAAUGCUUUAGUACAGAAUGAACCAGUGUUUUUUUACCCCCAGCUAUGCAUUAUGUAUAUUUGGUUGCUGCCAGAGGUACUGAAAAAAACUGAAUGUUUAAUGACAAUUGAGCUAGUUGUUGAUCACUCUUUGACCUCUCUUUUAUGUUAAGCUCACCUUCUUAAAUUCUGUCAAGUUCUUUACUGUUCUUGUAAUUUGUAUGCAUUAAGCUAAUUGGACUCUUGUUCAUUUUUUGAGAUAUUACAAGCUGAGUAUUAUUACAUGACAAUAAUCAAUUUGACUUGUAUCAAAUCCGAUACUGCCUCUGAGUCCUGUUUGCUCUUUGCAUGCAGAGUAAAUUACCAUAGAAUUCAACUGAAUGCUGAUUGCCCUGAUCAUGACUAGGGUAAAUAAGUGCAAAAAUGCUGGAAAAUGUUUAUGGCAAUAAUAUGUUGAUAUUGUUUUGCUUACUGCAGUAAGAGAGGUCAAAAUCAUGCACGAUAGUGGUGAUCGUUUGCAAAAAUACCACAGAUCAUUUUGUGAUUUUUAUAUAUAUAUAUAUAUAAAAAUCAUUCUUAUACAUUUUAUUCUUAAUCUUCUAUGGACACCCUGUUCAUCUAUUUGCUCAGUAAAAGAGCAUGUUUCCAGUUACACCCUUGAUAUAUAACAGCUGCUAUCAGUAAUGUGAAGAGUUUAUUGAAUGCACUGCAGUUGCAAUUAUAAGUUGAGUUGAAAGAGUCUUGUAAAUCUGCAUAGUUAUUUCAUUGAAAAAAGUACUCAUCAGUAGCAUGUUUAGAGCUGUGAUUACAGACACUGAUUGAAAUGGAUCAGUGGAUGACAUUGUUCGUUGACAGGAGUUAGAAAGCACUACAAAGAAUCUGUCAAUGAUUUUUGAUUACGCAAAUCGUUACAUUCUCUAAAUGAAUUUUAUCAUGCACAACAUAUAACACAACCAAUGUAGUACUUGGGGACUCAAAUGAAAAGUUUUUUUUAUUUUUGUACUUUGUAAAGUUCUGUGCUCCUAUUAUUCUACAUAGUUCUUAGUACUUUUAUAAAUGAUACAACAAACUGCACAUUUUUGUUUCUUCAACUAGAUUUUUUGAGGUACAGUGGAAGUAAUUUUAUCCCAAAAUGUUUUGCAUAUUGUAUGUUUAAUUUUAAAGGCCAACUUAAAGACCAGAAUGUUUUGGCCAAUAGAAGUAACACAUUUUACAUAUUUUAAAAAAUAUCAAAGUAGUUUGCUAAUGUGUCUUCAGUGGCUUUGGGUGUGUGUGAAUUAGUAGAGUGGGGAGGGGGGAGAACAAUGGUAAAUUUGUGAAUAAAACCAACAAAUUCUAUAAAUGUAUAUCCAUGUAUACAGACAAUCAUAACAUUUAAUAAUAGAAUUAUUCAAACAGAUAUCUCUAUUGUUUAUACAAAAUGUAAAUAUAAUUGUAUUGCUUUUUGUUUUGCCAUUAUUUUGUAUUUUUGUUGUGCUUUAUUACUUGGUGUAAAAAGUUCCAGAAAUAAAUGCUCUGGAAACAGA